GUGGUGGUUCGCGAAUCUCCUCGCGCCCAAACUUCGCCCUCCAAGAACGACACCCAAUGGCCGCCUCGAUCACCCUUUCAAGCGCUACUUUCUUCGCCAAGCGGGCGACAGAAAUGGCAGGGCUACAAGAGCCGGAGUGAACAAGAACGAAGUCCGUCACCGAGUCCGAGACGGCGACCUCUGCGCAGUUCUCACCAAAAGCUGCAGGACCUCGCGAAUAUGGGCAGCGACGGGGAGGAGGAAGAAGACGAGGAAACGCUGCAGCUUCAGUUGCAGGAAAUUCAGGCGAAGCUGCGAUUGAAGAAGCUGCAGAAGAGCGCCAAAAAGAAGGGCGGAGAUGCAUCGAGCGACAACAGUAGUACACCAGGUUUGCCGGCACCGAGAGCAACCAGUCCGCGAAAAUUAUACGAGUCGGCAUUACCAAUUCCCAAUCUCCAAGUGCCGUUGUCGCCUGCGAGAGCGCAGAGGACGAUACACGAGCCCGUCUCACCUGCUAGAGCUAGACUUGGCUUGACCAGCAAUCCUAAUGCCUCCCAUGUGUCUCUUAAGAGGGCCAGAGAUAGCAGUCAGGUCAAGCGCUCAAGAUCGACGCCAUCUCUACCCACACCGAUAGAGGAGCGGCCAAAAGUAAAGAGUUUCAGCGAGCGGCUUGCGGAGAGCAAACUCAAGGACGAAGAGAAACAGGCCAAGGUCGAUCGCUUGCAGCACGUGCGAUCCUCGGGCUUCAGUCACCAUGCCAGAAGCGAUUCCAGCAGUAGUAGAGCUACUUCCGUUUCCGCUACACGGAGAUCAAGGGCUGAUAAUAAUGCACGGCCUUUAUCUGCAGGCAGGGCCUUGGAAUCUGGAGCAGGGAACGGCGAUAUUGACGAUACUCUGGACAUCGAUGACAGCAAUUCAGAUCCCGACUCUGGCUACGACCCUUUUUCGAAAAUUCACUUGAGCAAGCGACAUAUCUCGCAUGCCCUAGUUGCAAGAGAGAUGGACGGGAAGGAGAUAUAUACCCUUCCGCGACUGCUCAAAGAAGUCAAAGCGCCUGACUACGAGCCACCUGACUGCGAGUCUGAUUAUGUUGUCUAUGCUAUCCUCGCAUCCAAGUCCACACCGUUCGAUCAUGCCGAGACUCACCGAACGAAUGAUCAGGCCAAAGACAAUCUCGAGGCGCCACGAAACAAGUUUAUGGUGCUGCACCUGUGUGAUCUGAAAUGGGAGAUCGACUGCUUUCUAUUUGGCACCGCGUUCAACCAGUUCUGGAAGUUGACACCUGGUACAUUGCUCGCCAUUCUUAACCCAGCAAUUAUGCCCCCAAAAGGUAGCCAGCACAGCGGACGAUUCUCUUUGAAGCUUGGCAGCUCGGAAGACGCUGUCAUGGAACUGGGUGUCGCACGUGAUCUUGGCUACUGCGUCAGCAUCAAGAAGGACGGUCAGCAAUGUGGGCAGUGGGUCGAUAAGCGUAAGACAGAGGCAUGCGAAUUCCACAUCAAUCUGCAGAUAGAAAAAGCGCGCAAAGGUCGAAUGGAGGUCAACACCAUGUUCCAUGACGGCGACAGGGACUUUCGAGCUAAGAGCAAGAAAGCCAAAGACGCCGAAUUCAGGAAGAAGCAGAUGCCUGGCAGUUACAAUCGUGAGUACGGGCAGUUGUAUCAUGUUGCGGGCACUGGUAAGAGCGCUGCGACUCUGCUCGACGACGAUGACAAACGCAUCUAUGACACCAAGGCCGAGGAGGAAGCCUCGAGGAAGCGGAUAGCGGAUGCACAGAAAGAGCGAGAUCUAAAAAGACAGCUCGAUGAGCUGGGCAAAGGUAAAGGAGUUGGCGCUGAGUAUCUUCGUGCUAGACACACGAGGACGACAUCAAGCACGACAUUGUCCACUACCACUUCUUCCCGGCCUGAUGCCGCAGAAGAAGCACGCAAGUCACUUUUCGACAAGAAAUCAGCAGCCGAGCUAGGCCUGCUCGGCAAGAAGGCGGAGAGUGCGCAUCUUUCACCUGCUAAAGACCGCAAGAAGCACUUCGGUCUUGGAGCUCUUUCGAUCCCAUCUGGCAAUCAAACUGCAGCUACAUCAACCCACAAGUCAUCUGAGCCAAUGGGUUGGGGUGGUGCGAAGAAAGCAGGACUUCUACAACCAAAGGAGACCAGACACAUUUCUCCCGAGCGAGGAAGUCAAAGUCCGACCAAGAAGAAAGCUCGAUUCGAUCUCGAAGCCAAAGGUAUCAAGGUGCCCGGCAGAGAGUCUUUGCCUGGCGAGGCAACUAAACGCCCGGUUGUCGAUAGCGAUGAUGACGAUUUGGACAUUGUAUAG